AAAAAAAAAAAAAAAGCUUAUGUAUGAACCAGUUUGGAAACAUUAGAGGGUAUAUAUUGGCCCUUUGCGGAGGUUAAAAUGAACAUUAGAGCGGACUGCGGAGGACCAAAUUAAGGCCGAAUACUAGUACCAGCUUUCACUCCACACUCUUCUCCGUUACCAUAUACAGAUCAAAUUCUGGAGAAUACUUGCCCUCUUUUAAGGUGUAAUUAUCCAAAGAAGGACAUUUCUCUUCUUUCUCACGGUCGCUCAGAAAUUUAGGGAAGGAUCUGCAAGAUGGAUAUCAUAUCACAGCUACAGGAGCAAGUAAAUACAAUUGCAGCUCUUGCUUUCAACACUUUUGGGACUCUUCAGAGGGAUGCUCCUCCUGUUCGUCUGUCACCUAAUUAUCCAGAACCUCCUCCUGCUAAUCCUACAGAAGACUCAACCAGUGUUGCAGAGCAACCAAAGCAAAUGAGUGCUGCUUUUGUUAAGGCUGCCAAGCAGUUUGAUGCGUUGGUUGCUGCUCUUCCUUUGUCAGAUGGGGGUGAAGAAGCCCAAUUGAAAAGAAUUGCAGAACUCCAGGCUGAGAACGAUGCAGUUGGUCAAGAACUUCAAAAACAACUGGAAGCUGCAGAAAAGGAGCUAAAGCAGGUCCAGGAAUUGUACAACCAAGCAACAGAUAACUGCCUGAACUUAAAGAAGCCAGAAUGAAUAAGGUAGUGGAUAUAUCAGUUUGAUAGAUCUAAGGGGACAGUAUUUGCUUGAGGAGCCCAUUCUCGCUGGGAUAUGCCUUGGAGGAACACAAAUCGCCUGUGUCAGUCUUUCUUAUGGGUAAAUUUGUAGUGUUCUGACAUUUCCAUUUUAAGUUCUUUGGCUACUGCUGAGAAAAGAAACUCAGUGUACCAAUGUAUAUGGUAUAGAUCUUCGUUUAUUUAGAAUGAAAAGAGGUGGGAAUGAUGUGCUUUAAAAGCAAAAUAAGCAGUUAUUUGUCUCCUUGCAUUAGAAGAACUAUUUGGAAGUUGGUUAAUA